CUCCCAAUCUCGCCCUAAAUCUCUCACACACACGGGCGUACCCCACCCUCACGAACCAGCCCCUCCCCACCCCCCCACCCCUCGUUUUCUGCACCCUCUUCGCGCUCCUGGGAUCCCACUUUGAGGGCAGCCUUUGAAAAAUCUUCGCGGAAUAGUGGACCAGAGCUGGGGAGUUUUUAAAAGUCGGGGCGCGCGCGAGAGGGAGAUACGAUGGCUUCCUCAUCUGGCAAUGAUGAUGAUCUCACUAUACCUAGAGCUGCUAUCAAUAAGAUGAUCAAAGAGACUCUCCCCAACGUCCGGGUGGCCAACGAUGCCCGGGAGCUGGUGGUGAACUGCUGCACUGAAUUCAUUCACCUUAUAUCUUCUGAAGCCAAUGAGAUUUGCAACAAAUCAGAAAAGAAGACCAUCUCACCCGAGCAUGUCAUACAAGCACUAGAAAGUUUGGGCUUUGGCUCUUACAUCAGUGAAGUAAAAGAAGUCUUACAAGAAUGCAAGACUGUAGCAUUAAAAAGAAGAAAGGCCAGUUCUCGUUUGGAAAACCUUGGCAUUCCUGAAGAAGAGUUAUUGAGACAGCAGCAAGAAUUAUUUGCAAAAGCUAGACAGCAACAAGCAGAAUUGGCCCAGCAGGAAUGGCUUCAAAUGCAGCAGGCUGCCCAACAAGCACAGCUUGCUGCUGCCACAGCCAGCGCAUCUAACCAGGCUGGAUCUUCUCAGGAUGAAGAAGAUGAUGAUGAUAUCUGAAAUUUACCAGCUGAGUUUCUAUUUCCUCUAUAAAUGUUUUUCCCUGCACAAGAAAACAGUGAAAGAAAUGCUUAUCUGUAAUUUUGUAUGCAUCUUGGUGGACUUGCCAUUGGUAUUCUAGGGAUGUCUGCUGUUAAGUUUCAUCUAUUGUGUGCUAUUCAUGUAAAAACUGUCUCUUUGAACUAUUGAAAAUUUAAGAUUCAGUAUAAUAUCAAUUUUGAAUUUUUAAUGGUGUUUAUGAAAUUUUAGAUAGCAGUGAGUCCUUUAUUUGAUCAAUAAACAGUGUUACAGAAAACGUCAAGUUUAUAAAAAUACAGUGAAAUUUAUACAGAAACUCUAAAUCUGCAUUUGCAUUUCCUCUGCCCUUUUAACUAGACUAAAAAUUGGGAAUUUUAAAUUAUUGGGGGGAGGGUGUUGUGUAAUGCAGUAGAUGUUAGAUCAGGAUGGUGAAAAAACAAAGAGUUCGGUUUUGUAGUAUCUGAAUUUUUUGUCUUUUAAAAUGAGUGUAUAUAUAUAUAGGCAAUAAAUAUAUAUGCUCAGAUAAAUAUGCUUGUUUAAAAAAAUCUCAAAAUGACAUCCAAAAACUUAGGAAGGAGUAUGUUCAAUAGUAGUUCUAUGAGUUCGGUGGGUUAUGUUUUUGAUUUUGUUUUUCUUUUAUGUAGAGGUAAAAACUACAGUUUUAUUAUGGCAUAAUUCAUCUUGAGCUAUGCUAUUACAUUUCAAAGACUGCCCAAUUUUGAGGACUGUCACGAUUCUUACUAUUUCACUCCAAUAAUUGUUAAUAGUAUUACUUGCUUAGUCCAUCCAUCUUUAUUGGAACUUGUGAAACAAUUGCUUAGGUUCCAUUGGUUUAAUGGAGAUUCAUGAAUAUCAAACCUUUGCUGGGGGAAAGAAAUGAAAGUUAAUAAGCAUGCUUACUAUAAAAGAGGGAUUUUUUUGUAAUUUAACUGAUAGUUUACUUAUUGUUUGUUUUUAGCAUUACUUUUACAUUUUCUUGACUAGAUGGCCUAGAGUGUCCAGUGCUUCCUUUUGAAAUGGCAUCAUUAUCUCCAUCAUAAUUGAGUGAUAGCUUUAAAAAUGAUUGGUUUUAUUUUGUUUAAGAAAGCAUGUCAUAACUGAUCAGCCCUAUAUGAAACAUAAAUAGUUUCAACCUACUCAUUAAAAGGGAGAAGCUUUAAUUUGGUUCCACUAAAUAAAGUAUGGUAGUGAUUUUUAUAGGAAUCCAGUGUAUUGAAGAAAUGGCAUAUUGUUUGUACUUUGGAAACAGAAUGGAAAAGCCACUUUAAGAUAGUAUAAAGUAAUCUAAAUUCCUAUGUCAGUUGCCAAAUCAUUUAAAUUUGUAUAUUCACCAAGUCCAAGGAUAAAUUGUGGUUGCUGGGAUUCAGUUUUAAUUGGAGAGCUAAAUAAGUAAAGUUUAUAAGUAUUAGAUUUCUUAAAGGUCUUAUUUUGCAGUUUUAGAAAAAGUGAAAUAUUAGCAUACGUUUAUUAAAUACACUUCCCCCAUGCCAUGAAAAGGUUAAUUUUGCUGAAUGUUUUAAGUUGAAGUUGAUAUUGUAUCCAUGAAGUGCUUUGGACAAGAUAGAAGGGGUUGUUUUUUUAAAAGUUUAAGUACCAAAGGUAGUCUAGUCUAAGAAAUAAUAAGUUAAUAAGUGUUGGCUUUUCUAAUUUGUACUGUAACAUCCUUAUUCUUUCUAUUUUAAGUAUAUCUGUUUCUUAAGUAAACAACUUAGAUAUUUUUCCACUUUUUUUUCCCUGAUGCAGAGUUCAGGUUAAUUAAUAUUUUACUGCAUCUGAUAAUGUAUUAUAUGUUUGAAGCCUAGUGACUUUUCAUUUUGACAUUCUUGUGAUUUCAUAUGCUGUAUUCUUCAAGCAAUAAAAUCUGAUGUGUUUUAUAAA